UAUAAACUGGCAGAGAGGCUCCUGGUGGGACUGUCUGCAGGGCAGCUCCCGCGAGGGAAACUCGGAUCAAACAACGGCUUCCUUUCUUCGCUUUCUCGUCCCUUCUCUUCUCUAUCCCCAAAAAAGAAGAAGACGAACCCUCCCACACACCCCCUUCCCUCCUCUUUGUUCUCUCUUCCCCAAAUCCUCCACCGGAAAGAGAAAGAGAGAGAAAGAUCGACGCAUAGAGAUCGAGAUGGAGGCGGCGAUGGAUCUCAUGCGGAGGAUCUCUCCGAACCAAAGCGAGAUGGCGCUUUCGGCACUGCUUUCCCUCCUCCCCCACCACUCCACCGACCUCCUCUCCCAAGUUGACCAGCCCCUCCAGGUUUGUAUGGAUACGGAGUUGAUGAAGGAGUUCAUCCUGUGUGAAUACAACAGGGAUGCCGAUUCAUAUAGAUCGCCUUGGUCAAACAAAUAUUUCCCACUUCUGGAAGAUGGGCCGCUACCAUCUGAGGAACUGAGGAAACUUGAAAUUGAAGCAAAUGAGGUUUUUACUGUUUAUCGUGACCAGUAUUAUGAAGGGGGUGUCUCAUCAGUGUACAUCUGGGAAAAUGACGACCAGGGCUUUGUGGCAUGUUUCUUAAUAAAGAAAGAUGGAUCAAAGACCGCGCAUGGGAGAAGAGGACAUUUGCAGGAGGGUUCAUGGGAUGCUAUUCAUGUUAUUGAGGUUGGACCAGAAGAAGAGGGGAAUGCUCGUUACUGCCUAACCAGUACCGUUAUGUUAUCAUUGACCACAGAAGAGAAGCCAUCAGGGACUUUCAAUCUGUCAGGAUCAAUCAGAAGACAGAUGAGUUCAGACCUUUCAGUAGCAGAAGGCCACCUGUGUAACAUGGGAAAGAUGAUAGAAGAAAUGGAGGGCAAGCUCAGGAACUCACUGGAUCAGGUGUAUUUUGGGAAGACAAGAGAGAUGGUCUGCACGUUGAGGCCACCACCUGAAGGCAUACAAUUUAGAUUGCCUGAAAGCUGACCCAAAAGGUGAAACGUGCGGCAAUCAUUUGCAUCCAAUUAAUCAGAACUUUGGUAUUGAUGAAAAUUUGGACACUUGGAACGAGACUCAUAGCCUUGUGAAAUUUAGGUUCCAGUCAUAAAGAUGAUAAAACAGUACUUGUCUGUUGGAAACUUUCACAUUUCAGUAUGUUGAGUUUGUAUCAUGCAGUUAAAAACUCGUAGUUGUAGGAAUUUGGUGCUGAGUCUAUAGAACACUGGGGUAUACUUGAGUAGAAGAACAUGCACCGUUGCAGUUUUUGUGAUUUUACCUUUUGGACAUGGUAUCGUAAUCAUCAAGUCCAGUGAGAGGUCUUCAUCA